AUGGACUCGGACGAGGGUUACAAUUACGAAUUCGACGAGGAGGAAGAGGAAUGCAGCGAAGACAGCGGUGAUGAGGAACCCGCGGACGACACCCUGGAGCUCGGGGAGGUGGAGCUGGUCGAUCCCGUAGUGGCCGGUGGAGAUCGAGACGACUGUGGGGAGACGGGAGGCAGCGGUCUCGGGCCCGGACAGGAUGAGGAAGACUACCGCUUUGAAGUUCUUACCGCCGAGCAGAUCCUGCAGCAUAUGGUGGAGUGUAUUAGGGAGGUCAACGAGGUCAUCCAGAAUCCUGCCACAAUCACUAGAAUAUUACUUAGUCAUUUCAACUGGGAUAAAGAAAAGCUGAUGGAAAGGUAUUUUGACGGCAACCUGGACAAGCUGUUUUCAGAGUGUCACGUUAUAAAUCCCAGCAAGAAGUCUCGGACACGCCUCAACACAAGAUCGUCCGCACAGGACAUGCCAUGUCAGAUCUGCUAUCUCAACUAUCCUAACUCGUACUUCACUGGUCUGGAAUGUGGGCACAAGUUCUGCAUGCAGUGCUGGGGCGAUUACUUGACCACAAAAAUCAUAGAGGAAGGAAUGGGACAGACCAUUUCCUGUCCUGCUCAUAGCUGUGAUAUACUAGUGGAUGACAACACGGUCAUGCGACUGAUUACAGAUUCAAAAGUGAAGUUGAAGUACCAGCAUUUAAUAACCAAUAGCUUUGUAGAGUGCAACCGACUGUUAAAAUGGUGUCCGGCACCUGACUGUCAUCACGUUGUCAAAGUUCAGUAUCCAGACGCCAAACCUGUACAGUGCAAGUGUGGUCGGCAGUUCUGCUUCAACUGUGGAGAAAAUUGGCAUGAUCCAGUCAAGUGUAAAUGGCUAAGAAAAUGGAUUAAGAAAUGUGACGAUGACAGCGAGACAUCAAACUGGAUUGCAGCAAAUACAAAGGAAUGUCCGAAAUGCCAUGUCACCAUAGAGAAAGACGGCGGGUGCAACCACAUGGUCUGCCGAAACCAAAACUGCAAAGCAGAGUUCUGCUGGGUUUGCCUGGGGCCCUGGGAGCCCCAUGGGUCCGCUUGGUACAACUGUAAUCGUUAUAAUGAGGAUGAUGCCAAGGCAGCCAGGGAUGCUCAGGAGCAGCGUUCCAGGGCAGCCUUGCAGAGGUACCUGUUCUACUGCAACCGCUACAUGAACCACAUGCAGAGCCUGCGCUUCGAGCACAAGCUGUACGCCCAGGUCAAGCAGAAGAUGGAGGAGAUGCAGCAGCACAACAUGUCGUGGAUCGAGGUGCAGUUCCUGAAGAAGGCCGUGGACGUGCUCUGCCAGUGCCGAUCAACGCUCAUGUUCACCUACGUUUUUGCGUUCUACCUCAAGAAGAACAACCAGUCCAUUAUUUUUGAGAAUAACCAGGCGGAUUUGGAGAAUGCCACAGAGGUGCUGUCUGGAUACCUGGAGCGAGACAUCUCCCAGGAUUCUCUGCAGGACAUUAAACAGAAAGUACAAGAUAAAUACAGAUACUGUGAGAGCAGACGGAGAGUGCUGCUGCACCACGUACAUGAAGGCUAUGACAAAGACCUGUGGGAGUACAUCGAAGAUUGAGGCUACAUCUCUACACCACAGACUGUCGGAGAGAAACUCCGCUCCCUAGAGUGCUGAUGCAAUGAAAACCGAGCAGCACAGAUCUCUGCUGCCCCUCCCUGGCAAACCGCCCCGCAUUGCAUAAUUUUCCAGAGUUUUUGUUUCACCAAAAGCAUAAAGUAAAUUAUAUUUAAAUAAAAAAGUUAGAAUAUUAAAAAAUAAAAUAUUACCUGUUCAACAGUAUUGUUAGCAGCGUCAAGCGCGAGACUGAGAAUUCCAAGGCGAAAUAUCUUCCGUUUGCUUGCAUUGUAAAAUCUUUCCCUUCCUUAUCAGUUACGUUUGUUGAUGUGUUCUGUUUGACUUUAUUUUAUAUAACCUUUCUUUGUGUGGAAAAUGAACUUUGUUUUCAAAAUGGCUUUAAUCAUUCGGACCAUGUUCGCUGUACGUGGCUGGAUCCGUGUUUGGGCUGCUGAAUGCUGAUUGGUUGAUUGCGAAGAGGCGACGGAAAGUUAGCGGAAUAGAACACGCAACGCAAAAAGAGGCAAAAUCGGUAUUUUUCAAUUUGUAAAUAAUGCAUAUGCAUGGAAGUUAAAGAGUGUGGCAUGUGUUUGCAUCAUUUUUAAAAGAUAUUUAUCUUUACAGAUAUUCAACAACGAAAAAAAUGUAUAUUUUGCUGUGUUGAUUGAGUGUCUUUCCCUAUCUUGGAUCGCCCUCUGUGGAGGUUUGGACUUGAGUCCGUGUCUGUCCCUCCACUCCUCCCUCACUGCUCCACAGGGACUGAGCAGGGUCCGAUUCUGCCAAAUCAAGCAGAGUUUGCCAAGUUGGUGCAUUCUGCUUACUAACGUACAAGCUAAACGUUGUGAGAGCUUCUGGCUUUACGGUUGGAGAAAAUGGGGAUGGGAUAAUUUUCGCUGCUUUUCCAUUGCAUUUAAACAGAACAGUGCUCUGCCUCUUUCCUGUUAGUGUCCUAUUAGGUAGAUUUAGUAUGGUAGUGUGAUUUUAAGAGGUAUAUGAAUAAUUUCUGAGAGCCAAACUGAGUGACAUUCACUCAUAUUAUCUUUUAUAUUUUUUCUUUGUCUCUCUGAAGUUCAUUCUAAUUUCCAGACCCGGCUUGAGGUUCUUUCUCUGAAAGCCCAACGUGCACGUGGAUAUAAUGGGCUUGUCGAGCUGCUUGUCUUGACAGCUUUUGUCAAGCAUUCUGAUUGAACCUUUGACAAACAGGGUUAGGGAUUUUCCACGAUAUCGAUUUUUGCACACCGCUUAACUAGUAGAUGGAAGCCACAGAUAUUUCGAAGCGAGACUCCACACUGCUUUAAUUUAUUUUGUGUAACCACGCAUUUGCACCGGAAAUGUGUUCCAAAGGGCCGUUUGGGUCAUGGUUUGCAGGGAGUAAGUGGUGUGUCGUUUGUACUGCAAUGUUAUAUUUCAUGCAAAAACAUACAGAAUGUGUGGUUACACCGUGACCAUCAUUGAAGCACUGAGUCCCUUUCAUCAGGGGUACAGGGGUGGGGUUUAGGGAUAGACACAUGUACGUGCAUACAGUGUCAUCAUUGCAGAUCAAGCUGAAGUAAUAAGUCAACACCAAAGUGUCAAACUUGAGUUUUUUUUUCACUUUCCGUGUCAGCUGGCUGGAAGUGCAAGUUUUCUUUAUUAUUCAAAUGUGCUCAACGAAAAUAAAUCUUUAAAAUGCACUCUCUUUUUGGGAAUAAUGUCACAAAGUAAUAGUUUUCACGUGUUUGGUUAUUAAUUCUGCGUUGUGUACUGGGAAUGAUCACAAUUUGUCUUCAUUUGGGUCUUUUGUAUUGCCAUAGCUGAGUGCUGAGAUGGUCUUCCUGGUCACCAUGCGUAAUUUUGAUAAUUAAAUCCAAACUAGAGGUUUCAUACAAGCAUAAUGCAGAACAAUAAAUAGGAGUCAACGGUCCUUAGCUUCCAUUUGAAUGCACAGUGUGGUUUUCGUAAACUUGAAAUGGUUUUACUGACCCUGUAUGCAGUUUAGUGUGUUUAUGUAACUGUCCUCUUCAGAUGAGACUGCUUCUCAGCUAUGCUUAUUUGGUCAGUUCAUGGGCAUCCAAACUUAACAUUCACAGUAACACACAAAGCAGCUAUUCUCAUUUUGUUGAGACAUCCAAAAACUUUUAAUACUUUUCUACAUGUAUCAUUUCUUUACGCUAUUAAAAUUUUGAUUUCUUAUAUACAUAGUGUACAAAUGUGUAAGAAAUUAGUUGUUCGUUUUGAAGAAAAAUAUUAAAGUGCAAAAUGUUGCAAA